AUGGACCCCUACUCAGCAGACGGAGAGCUGGUCAACAUGCACACAGCCUUCAUCCAAGGCCAAUACCAACAAGUCGUCGAUUUCGAUACAUCAAUCUUCAGCGCCCCCUACCAACCCUCUGCUCAAAUCCUCAGAUACCGUGCCCAACUCGCCCUCAAAGACUACUCUGCAGUCGCCAGUGCCAUUUCCUCCUCAGACGCCUCUUCAAACUCUUCUCUCGCUGCCGUAAAGGCUUACGCUUCUUAUGCCUCUUCGGGCUUUACUUCCGAGUCGGCCGUGUCAACAGCAGAAGCCUUGUCGCAAAGCAACAGUGAUGAUCUGACUGUACAAUUGCUUUGUGGCGCUGUGCUUGCUCGUGCUGGAAAGACUGAUGAAGCUGUUGCGCUGCUCAGCCAACAUCAAGGAUCCCUGGAUGCUGUGGCCAUGUCGACUCAAAUUCACCUUAGCCAAAACCGCACCGAUCUCGCAACCAAGGAAGCGAAAUCCGCACGAUCAUUCGCUCAAGACGCACUACUCGUCAACUUGGCAGAGUCAUGGAUUGGACUCCGCGAAGGAGGCGACGCUAAAUACCAACAAGCCUUCUACGUCUUUGAGGAACUCGCACAAGCACCCGGUUCUUCUGCUGUGACAAGUCUGAUUGCGCAAGCAGUGUCGGAGCUACAUCUGGCAAGAUACCCAGAGGCCGAGACGGCAUUGCAACAAGCGCUGGAUAUUGACUCGGACAACGUUGUCGCAUUGGCCAAUGCUGUAGUUCUGUUCACCGCUACUGGAGAUGUGGAAAGAGCUGCCGAGAUGAAGAACAAGUUGCAAAAGGCAAAGGGUGGUGAAGAGACGGAACUUCUGCAAGGACUCGCGGCCAAGAAGGAAGUUUUUGAUGCAGCUUGUGAAAAAUACCAGCCCAAGUUCGAGCCUUAG